AUGGAAGUCGCCGUUCAAACCUGUUUGUUGUCCAAACGGUGGAGGUAUCUCUGGACUUCUCUCCCCUAUCUUGAUUUUGACGACUCCAAUCUCGAUUUUGACGACUCCAAUUUCCCAUUUUCGUUCGAAAUUGUAUCAGAUUGGUGCCUCUACUACGAAUACAAGAUGCGUUGCUUCAUGAAUUUUGUGACCCAUUUUCUCUCUCUCCGAGAGGACUCCACCGUUUGUACUUUUCGCUUAUCUGCAUCCGAGCAUUUUUUUGUUCGGAGGAGCUUAGCCGACAAGUGUGUAAAUUAUGCGAUUAGCCACAAUGUUCAAGAGUUUGAUAUUAACAAUGAGAAUAAGUAUAACAAUGAGAUGACGAUGAUGGUGGGUGAGCGGUGGCGGUGGAUGAUGGUGGUUUCAAUCAAUGGUGGGUGGCGAUGGUGGUGCGGGUGGGGUGACGCCGACGAUGGUGGUGGCUUGAUGGCGACAGCAGUGGUGGUGGUAGUAGGGUGA